AUGAGUCACUUUCAAGUCAUCUCAUUGCGACGUUACCUUUCAAGCAAGAUGAGCUCUGAUAUUCCUACACUGCAACGAGCAGUUCUGUUUGAGAACCCCGGCCCUGAUGCACAGGUCGUUGUCCGGGAAGAUGUCCCAGUCGGAACUCCCGGGCCAUUUGAAGUUCUCGUCCAACUUGACUUCACUGGAUUAUGCGGGUCAGAAGUCCGAGCGCUCCGUGGUUGGGGUGCUUACGAUCCCAUCGUGGGCCAUGAAGGUAUCGGCAGAGUCGUGAAAUUGGGAGACAACGUCUCAGAGUCACUCCUGGAGAAGAAGGUUGGAGUCAAGUGGCUCUAUAGCGCCUGCGGAGAAUGUUCCGUAUGCGCGCGCGGAUUCCCCAAUAACUGCGCCAAGCAGCUGAAUACCGGCAAGCACCGUCCUGGGACUCUUCAGCGAUACGUCGUCGCGGACUCGAGAUACUUGACCUUGAUACCGGAGGGCUUGAACGACGAGGAGGCAGGACCAUUGCUUUGUGCGGGCCUCACGAUGAUGGGCGCGCUUUCGAUGCUGGACAAUGACUUAUCUCGAGGCGACUGGGUGGUAAUCCAAGGCGCCGGAGGAGGGCUCGGUCAUCUUGGAGUGCAAAUCGCAUCUAAGCUAAAGGGGUUCCGUGUCAUCGCGGUAGACACGGGAGAUGAGAAACGGAAGUACCUGGAGAGUAGAGCGGAUGCAUUCAUUGACUACGCAACUGAGGACGUGGAAAAGUCGAUCAUGAAUUUGACCGGGGAGGGUGCCCAUGCUGUCAUCGUUGUUCCCGGUUCAGAGGACGCCUAUCGGAUUGCGCCAAAGCUUUUGAGGUCGAUGGGGACGAUCGUUUGCGUUGGACUACCCCGAAAUGAUUUUGAGUUGCCCAUCUCAGUUGCUCAGUGUGCCCUGAAAGCUCUGACAAUCAAGGGGGCCAUGGUCGGGACGGAAGAGCAAAUGACGGAACUGCUUCAGGCGGCUGAGAAGGGCACGAUCAGGGCUUCUAUAGAUCUCUUCUCCUUCUCGCAUGUUCCCGAGAUCAUGACCCAGCUAGAGAAAGGAGAGGUUUCUGGACGGGCCGUAGUCAGUUGUCUUUGA